AUGGCUCGCGAAACUCGAAGCGACAUUGCAAAUUUUAGACAAGCGCUCGUGGCGGGUGGAAUUGCAGGGACAGCUGUUGACACGGUACUUUUUCCCCUCGAUACAAUAAAAACUAGACUUCAAUCAAGACCAGGAUUCUAUGCUUCUGGUGGUUUUCAUGGCAUAUAUUCGGGAUUGACCAGUGUUAUAAUUGGCAGUGCGCCUGGAGCAUCCGUUUUUUUUGUCACUUAUGAAUAUCUAAAAGGAUCGCUUUCAUUCCUCUUUCCUGACACGAAAUACCUUCCUCUCGUCCAUAUGGCAGCUGCUUCUGGCGGUGAAAUGGCCGCCUGCGUUGUUCGCGUACCAACCGAAGUAAUUAAACAACGUAUGCAAACCAAACAAUACCAUAGGACUCUGUCCGCCAUUCGAUCCAUUAUACAGUAUGAAGGUAUAUUGGGCUUGUACCGUGGUUACUUGAUUACGAUAUCUCGAGAGAUACCAUUUGCGUGCCUUCAAUUUCCAUUGUAUGAAUUCCUUAAAAGAUUUGUUGCUAAACAUACUGAUCGAACUCGUAUUAAUCCCUGGGAAGCGGCAAUAUGCGGGUCAAUAUCAGGUGGUACUGCAGCUGCAAUUACCACACCAUUGGACGUAAUAAAGACUCGUAUCAUGCUAUCCUCAAAACAUCAAACUAUUCACAGGUAUUCUGGAAUCGUGGGUACCUUGAAACGCAUUUGGUCUGAAGAAGGACCACGCGCAUUAUUUUCGGGAAUUGGUCCACGAGUAAUGUGGAUUUCUAUUGGUGGUUACAUAUUUUUGGGUGUCUAUGAAAAAGUAAAAAAAGCACUUCAAGAUAAUAGGUUAUUAAUCUGA